AUGGAUCCUCAUUUUCAUCGUCUCUCUGAAAUCCCCUUACCCUUGUCAUUUAGCAGUACCUACGCUGGUAGUAGUAGUAGUAGUGGAUCUAAUCAUGAUGAUCCAUGGAUGGACCCUAGGAUAUGGAGGAAGCUCCCAACUCGGAUUCUCGACCGCAUUAUUGCCUUUCUUCCACCACCGGCCUUCUUCCGAUCUCGGUGUGUCUGCAGGAGAUGGAAUGGCCUGUUGUUCACCAACACCUUCCUUCAACUCUACCUCGAUAUCUUCCCACACCGUCGCCAUUGGUUCCUCUUUUUCAAGGUCUACACCCAGAAUCUCAUUGAUGACAACAACAACAACAGGGCUGAAGGGUACCUUUUCGAUCCUUAUGAACUCGUCUGGUACCGCCUUCCCUUUCCUUUGGUUCCACCAUCUGGCUUCUGUCCAGCCGCUUCUUCAGGCGGACUGGUCUGUUGGAUUUCGGAUAACCCUGCUCCGAAAAACCUACUUCUCUCCAACCCGCUUUCGGGUACCUUAAACCAACUCCCUCGAACACUAACCUCAAGGUAUCAACCCUCCAUCGGCUUUACUGUCACCCCUACUUCCAUAGACGUCACCCUUGCCGGAGAUGACCUCAUCAACAAUGCCCUAGCUGUAAAGAACUCCAGCGCAGAAAGGUUCCGUGUGGAUGGUACGGGCUGCUUUCUUCCCACAUGGCAGAUCACUUCUCCUCUUCCCAGACUCUGCAACUUUGAGUCGGCUGGUAGAAUGGUUCACAUUAAUGGAAGGCUCUACAACAUGAGCUACCACCCUUUCAACGUCGCGACCUAUGACGUGGAAACAGCCAUUUGGUGGGAUAUUCAGCCACCGAUGAAGAGGUUCCUGAAGUGUCCUAGCGUGGUAGAGAGUGGCACUGGGAAGCUUCUGCUGGUUGCGGCUAUUGAGAAGAGGUCGCUGAUCGUGCCGAAAAGCUUGAGGGUCUGGAGCUUGCAGGAAGGAACUACGUGGGUGGAGAUUGAGAGGAUGCCUCAACUGCUUUAUGAUCGGUUCGGUGCGGAGAUGGAGUCCUGUGGGAAUGGGUUUCACUGCGUUGGCCAUGGAGAGUUCAUUGUGUUCAUGAUUCCGGGGAGUUCUCGUCAUUUGGGUGUGUUGUUUAAUAUGAACACCAAACUGUGGAAGUGUAUGCCUCCCUGUCCUUUUGUUGGUAUGGGUGAUCUGAGCCGUGGUUUUGCUUAUGAGCCCCGGCUUGCUACUCCGGUCACUUCGCUUCUGAAUUAUCAGUUCCCUGCUGCUCCAUUUCCAGCUUGA